CUGACCCGUUAGGCAUGGCGGCCGCGGGGGUGCAUCCGCUGUCGGCGGCAGGUCUGCAGGAGAGUAACUUCAUCCUGCUGGAGUACGUGGGCUUCCCAGGCGUGAUGCACGAGCGCCUCGUCAUCCUCGCGCCGGACGUCGGAGGCCUGGCGUGCACGCUCACGCCAGACGACGACAGCUACGAGGACGACCUCCUUUCGGCGGCGGACGCGCGGAGGUGGCUGCCAUGCGAUGCUGGGCGCAUGGGCGCUUACCCAGCGGCGGCGGCUGCACAUGUGCAUGGCUUUCGGGGCGCCCCUGCACCGCUGCGGGUCUCGCAGGUGCUGUCGGCGGCGGCGGCUCGGCUUGGCGUGGGCCUCCUCCCUGGGGCGGCGGUCAUCCCGAACCUCGACGGGGCAGGAGAGACAGCGGCCCGUCGCGGCGGCAGGCGUCGCGGGCCUCGCGGCUGCCCUGGCCUUGCCGCCCGCGGGCGCGGCGGCCCCAGCGCCGCCCGGUGCGCCGGUUGCUCCACUGGCGCGGCGGCCGCGCUGGCGCAGGAUGCGCGGAUCCUCGCUGCUGCGUUCGACGUGCAGGGCCAGCGGCACAUGGACCUCCGCACGGCGGUGAUCGCCAUGACGGAGGGCAGUUUCCACGAUUGGCCCGUGCGAGGGCCUCGGACAGCGCUGUGGUGCUUGAAGUUCAUGGAGGCGCACGGUGGUGCGCCCACAGGCCGCCGCUCGCGGUGGAUCUCGGAGACGCGGCUCCAGGGGCACGAACCUGGAGUCGACGAGCACGAGAGGGCGUGCCGGACGUUGGAGCGGAUGGUGGUGCACGACCAGUUGAAUGUUGCGAACCUCGCCUCGGGCGAGAUGCCGGCGCGUGCGGCGCAGCUCCAGGGGGGGCGCUGCCGCGACCGCGUGGCGCCAGCGGUGAAUCCGACGAACAUGGAGUCGAGCGUGCUGCUGGGCACGGAUCAGCUGCGCGGCAACGUCUGUGUCUCUCCUGCCUUGCAGGAGCGCUGCAGGGGCGAGCUCAGCAAGGUGAGCGCCUAA